AAAUUCCCAAAAACUUAAGUUAUAAAAGAUCAAACAAAGUCCACACAUACAUCACACACUAAGCUGAGCCAUGGAAGUACAAGCAAGACAACGAUCGAUCCGUGUGAUCUCAGAAACAAACAUGAAGGAAGAAGCAACGGAUUCGACGUUGGUCACAAAUGGCUGUGUGGACUAUAAAGGGAGGAUUGCAAGCAAACAAACCACAGGAGGAUGGAAGGCCUCCCCUUUCAUCAUAGUGAAUGAGGUUGCAGAGAGGUUAGCAUUCUUUGCUGUUGCUGUAAACAUGGUGGGAUAUCUAGUGAGAGAGAUGCAUCAGCCAUUCCCAGAUGCAGCAACUCAUGUCACUGAUUGGAUCGGGGCUGCCUAUGUUCUUACACUCUUUGGAGCUUUUCUUGCGGACGCCUAUUUAGGCCGUUUCAGGACCAUCAUCAUCUUCUCCGUCAUCUAUGCAUUGGGAAUGGUGCUCUUAACCCUCUCAGCAACCAUAGACACUAUGAGGCCGCCUCAGUGCACCCGGCGCCCCUGCGUUCCAUCAACAACUAACCAAAAAUUGUUCCUCUAUUGCGCUCUGGCCCUCAUCGCCCUAGGCACCGGGGGCAUCAAGCCGUGCGUUUCCUCGUUCGGAGCUGACCAAUUCGACGAAUCCGACCCAAGCGAAGCCCAGAAGAAGUACGCCUUCUUCAACUGGUUCUUCUUCGCCAUCAACAUGGGAGCCCUCCUCGGGAUCACGCUCAUGGUCUACAUCCAAGACGAGUUCGACUGGGCCUGGGGCUUCGGAGUCCCCACCGCGGCCAUGAUCACCUCCGUGGUCAUCUUGGCCGCGGGUUUCAUGAGGUACCGCCACCAGAAGCCCAUGGGCAGCGCUUUUACUAGAUUCGUUCAGGUUCUAGUGGUUGCGGUCAAAAACAACGUCAGAGGGGUUGGGGCGGUGACAGAUGCAAAUGACCUUUAUGAGGUUAAUACUAAGGAAUCUGACAUUUUUGGUGCAAGAAAGCUUUGUCACACCAAACAAUAUAAAUUUUUGGACAAAGCCGCGAUCAUAACAGAUCAAGAUUUGGAUGAAACAAACCGUUGGAAAAUCUGCACGGUAACCCAAGUCGAAGAAUUCAAAUCCUUCGUCCGAAUCCUCCCAAUUUGGGCUUCCACCAUCGCCCUAGCAAUCUCCUUCGCUCAGCUCUCCACCUACUUCAUCAUCCAGGCCGGCACCACCGACCGAAAACUCGGCUCCCUCACGAUCCCGGCGAGCUCGAGCCCCGUCUUCGCGGUCCUCAACGCCCUCCUCGUCGUCCCUCUCUACGAGAAGCUCGCGGUCCCCUACCUCCGCUGCAGGACAGGUCACCCCAGGGGCCUGACGUCCCUGCAGCGGAUGGGGGCCGGCCUCUUCGUCUCGAUCCUGGCGAUGGCCUCAGCCGCACUGGUCGAGGCGAAGAGGAGGGGGAUGGCCCCAAGCCAGAAGAUCAGCAUCUCCUGGCUUUUCCCCCAGUUUUUUCUAAUAGGAUUGGCGGAGGUUUUCACGUACGUGGGGCAGCUCGAGUUUUUCUACGACGAGGCGACGGACGGGACGAGGAGCAUCAGCAGUGCGAUGUUCCUGAGCGAGAUCGGGAUCGGGAGCUGGCUGAGCACUGCGAUUGUGAAGGCGAUAGCGGGGGCUACGGGCGGAGCAGAGGAGGGGUGGCUGAGGAAUGAUUUGAAUAAGAGUAGGCUUGAGUAUUUUUAUUGGAUUUUGGCGGGGAUUAAUGCGGUGAAUUUUUGUGUGUAUGUGUGGGUGGCGUGGCGGUAUAAGGGGCGGGGCGGGGGCCGGGGCAGCGUGAGGGAUGAGUCCGCGGCGGUGGAGUUGGCCGCGGAGACACGGAGUGGUGGUGGUGGUGAUGGUAAGGAUGAGUUUCGGAGUGUGGUUAUAUGAAUGAAGUGUGUAUUUUAUUUUUUUUAGUUUGGUAUAUUUGUUUUCAUGUUUCUUGAAUUCUUUGAUGUAAAAUCUCAACUUCUUAAAUCAAUAUCAUUAAAUUUCGAUUCCAAAUCAUCUCAAUUCACCAAUUUGAAUAUAGAGCUAAAUUAA